UCCACAGACUACCACUGAAAAGGGACAGAAACAUAGAUAGCCUACCGCAUGUACUUUUAUUUUUCCCUCCUCUCUGCUCUCAACUCUGCCAUGGCAAGCAGCAGCUCACGUCCUAAGACUCUCUCUCUCUCUCUCUCUCUCUCUCUCUCUCUCUACUUAGCAUAUGAACAACGUUUGAAGCAAUCAAGAAUUGGGUUUGAGGGGCCUAGAGUGGAUCCAGAAAGUUCUAGGUUGCCCAUAUCUGUUUUGGGUUUAGGUAAUUGUUCCUCCUCUUCUAAUGGGUAUUUGUUUCUCUUUGUUCCUAAAUGGGUUCGUUUCUCAUCCUUUCUCAGAGAUUUGUUCGAUCCUGGUUUAUUUAUCAUCUCAAACCUCUCCGAGGAACGAAGGACACAAGCUCUGUAUAAGAUUUGAUGCACCUCUAAGUCUUACAACAAUGUUUACUGCUUGGUGAUUCUAUAUAUUACUUUUAAUAUUUUAUGUUUCCCUCUUCCUUUCUAAUUGCUGUGUUGCAGAGUAUUCCCCUCAUCGGAACCAAGCAGGUAACAUUUGCCAUAUAGUUGGUUUAACGGGGCUGACUUGCAUUCAUGACUCAUGAGUUUCAUCUUUUGUUUGCGAUUCACAACCUCCAAUUGACUUCGUUUCUGUGAUUUUUUGCAGCUGGUUUUUUGGACUUGAGGAAAUGUUGUUGGCUGAUAAAAGGAUAUUUUGUUAAAUGUAACUGGGUUAGAUGGGUUCUGCAAUGUUGGUGAUGGUUUUUUGUCUUUCUGUUACAUGAGAAAUUGCUAUCUACCUGUGUACUAAAAUGUGUUCUCAUGUUGCCAUGCUUUUUUGUUUGUGGCCUUCAGACCAUUGCAACAGCAGUUGGUUUGCUUUUGGGUUUUUACUCUGGUGAUUUUGUGCUUUGGUUGUUUGUGAGUUUUCCUUUCUUUUUGGUAAAACACAACUUUCUUUGUGGAAUAGGAAAUGGAGUUUUAGUUUGGUGUGGUAAUAUAAUUUAUAUUUUCCCCUGAUUGCACAGAAGAGGGGAAAAACAACAAUUAUUCAGUACAAUUUCUUAGGAACUGCAGAAUUGUAACCACCAGCAAGCCUUCAAUGAACUGUCAACCACCACCAUGUUUUAUUCUCCUUUCCAACUAACAGGUGUCCUUGAUGUCUAAAUGAUUGGUAAUGUGAUUCAAGCUCUACAGAAUUGUGAUGUGUAACUUUUAUUUUCAGGUUUAUCAAGGUGCAAGAUCGAUAUAGGUUAUGUGACCACAUUUGUUAAGCAAACUUUUUUCCUGCAGUUGAUCAAUUAGAAGUUUAAAGUUGAAUUUUACUUUUGGGGAUCUUCAUAAAAUGGUAUCUGUUCUUGAUCAGUUGAACACCCUUAAAUUCUCUGGACUUUUUCUUGGUUGGAUUGGGUUGUUAUUAGCAGGGGAAGAUUCAAAAUUUCAGCUUAUUUGUACCAACUGUGUAUUCAAAUAUUAUAUUGGCCAGUGUAAUUUACUACUUACUGUAAUUGAUUUAAUAUGCCCUUACACAUGGUUUCCCCCAUUUUUGAUUGGGCCUGCAUAGAUUACAUGGGUCCUAAGUCAUAAUUUGUAGUUUGUUUAUUUAUAUUAGGCAUCUGAAUGCUAAGUUGUGGCAAAGCUCAACUCUACAUUUCAGCCUUCUUAAUAUUGUAUGUUUCGCUUUAUGAGAUGCCUGCAGGCUUAAUACGAUUUUGCUUGGGUUUUAAGUAGCAAAUUAAUUAAUAUUUAUAGCAAAUAAAACACAUGAUGAUUCAACAUAAAAAAAAAUCGUUGAUGUAAUCUUUCUAUUUGCUGAAUAUAUCACAAGUCCCAGCGCAGAGCGCGGGCAUGAAUACUAGUUUUAGUUAUUUGUUAAGUUUUUUAAUUUUUAGAGAGAUUUUGCAACAUCUUAGCCAAAUAUCAAAUAAAAAAAAAAGUAGGGUCAUAAAUUAUAAGUAAAAGAUAUUAACUGACAAUAUGCAUUUUGGAGGUGAAAACGAAAAGUUUUUGUAAUUUGUAAGAACUCCGAAGUUAAACUUGCUAACUAUAGAACAAUGCAAGUCUCGGAAAUACCUUGAUAUGCACCCAAGGAAAAAAAUCAUGCUGAUUUAGCAAAACAAACCAUAUAUUGGCCAGAAAAAGGUAUGUUACAAGUGGUAUCGAGCUUCUCUGUGUUGCGAUAAUGGGGCAGACCUCAAAGAAGACAUUAAAUUCCUGAGGAAGUGUAUACAACACUUUAGUCAAAUCACAAAUCGACAAAGCACGUGAGAGAUUUAUGAUUUAUACAUAAGAAAUCAACAUUAUAUGCUGAAAGGAAAGAGUUCUUCUAACUAAAUGGUAACAUAGUGCCACUCUACCAAAAGCUUUAUAACUUGGAAAUUAAUUUGCCACCAUAAGAAGUCAAUUUUGACUAUUGUAUUUUUAUAGGUUUGAUUGUUUUUUUUACGAAAUAAAAUGUUUUACUAUUAAAUUAUUUUAGUCCAUUUAUUUUUAUUUUAGUUUGAUGUAUACACUAAAUUGCAUCAUGAGACAAAUAAUUGGAUGAGAUCACGAGAAGUUAAUAAUUUGACUACUAUAUUUAUAUUUCAAAAAUUUUAACUAUUAAAUUGUUUUAGCAUUGUGUCAAAUACACUAUCAUAAGAACUUAAUCGGAUCCACGGUUCCAACAGAACCAUUAUAAGUUAUAAUAGCAGUUCAUUCAUUUGAUUGUACGGUUAUAAUGGACCGUCUAACUGUUUUUAACGAUUUGACAUGAAACCAGUUGGACCACUCCGAUAUAAUUGACCCACUAGUUCACAAUUUCAAACACAGAAAAGUAAGAAAAUACUUUAACUUAAACUGAGAUCAUCUAACAUGUAUCACUAAUUUUAUUUAUGCUUUCUUUUCUUCAUUUCUAGCCUCCUUGUUAGUUUCUGUGGUCCAUUAUGGAUUGUCACCCUGAUUACUAACUUGCUUUACAAAAAAUUGAUUGUUUUUGUGAGAUGAUUUGAAUACUUUGUUAGAAAACUUUGGUGAUAAAUUAUAUGAAUUUGAAUUCGUUUAUAGUUAGUGAUGAUACAUUAGUAUAUUAUAUAUGUCUUUUAUAUUAUAACACAUGAACGGUUCUGUUAAUAAUUAACCAAUAAUUUAUAACUGUUAAUCGUUGAACAAUCAACCACUUACUUUUACUGUUCUAUUCUUAAAACAUUGGCAAAAAUUUAGGGAUGGCAAUGGGUCGGAUAUGGUGCGGAUACCCCCUAUCCGUUGCCCGCAUUUUAGGCCCGCGGGUAAUGCCCGUGCCCGCCCCGUUUGACUAUACGGGCAGAGAAUCCAUACCAAGCCCAAAACCAAUCGGGCUUCGGUGAACCCCACGGGUUAUGGAAUACCCGCCAGCGAGCCCAAAACCUAAGCCCACAAAUCAUCCAAUUCCAAAUGAACUCAAAAACAAAGGAAAAAUCAUUCAAAAAAUAACAGCCAGCUGCCAACAGUAUAAAUGACAAUGAACUGCAAACCCAAAACCUAUCUGAAAUCCAGCAAGUCUCCAUCUAAGAACUGAAGUCUAAAACCAGCAGCUAAAAAUAGUAUGCAAAGUGCAAUUCAGCCAAUUCUCAACUAAGAAUAGUCUAACAAACCCCAAAACAUGGGCACUAAUGAGGGCAUGAUAAUGCAAACACAAGAACAAAACCAUAAAUCAGUACUAAGUAGCAGCAGCAAGCAUUCUUCACUUCUUCAAAAACAGCCAGCAACACAGCAGGCUAACAACCCAACAUCAUUUCAGCAUCAUUCCAGCAACUCAACAUCAGUCCAGCAACCCAUCAGACAAGAGUAAUUCACAUCUAAUGCCUACUAGACAAUAUCUACAAAAUAUGACAGAUUCAUUCACAUUAAACACUUUAUUCUGAUGCAUUAUUAAUAAAUGGAAACUUAAACCUUAAAACACAAACCUAGAGCUAGUCCAGCAGGGUGAUGACAGCAGCUACAUCAUCCUCAUCACCUUUCUCCUUCGAACAGCUUCCAGGUCCAUCUAUUACAAAAUAAAAUGGUUAGAACAGAGCUGAAGCAUAAGUUAAACACUAGUUAUAGCAAAAAGGUUACCUGUGCACUCUUCCACCGAGGAAUCAUCCAUUGCCAUAGCUGAGAAAACCUCCUCUAAAGCUUUCAAAUCCGAGGCAGACACUACAUGGCAGGGAAAGCAAUAAUUAAUCGAUAAGAAUACUAACCAAACAAUGGAAAACACAACAAAAAAGUAAGAAUUCGAUUAAAACAAUCACCUUUGCUAUCAUCUUGAAUCCAUGUCCUCAAUAUCAUCAUGGCUUCUACUGUUAGGGGAUCAAUCCUGCUCCGAUGGGGGUCUAAAAGCCUCCCACCAGAACUAAAGGCAGAUUCAGAGGCAACACUUGUAACAGGCACAACAAGUAAAUCCCUUGCAAUGUCUUGCAAAAUGGGAUACUUAGCGCCAUUGAAUUUCCACCAACCAAGCAAAUCAAAAUCUGGUAUUCUAGGAUGAUUAUCCUCAGCUAGAUAGUGAUCUAACUCAGUUGUAACAACAGAUGUUCUGGUUUUUUCCUUUGGCUCACAUAUAGAUCAAAAUCCAGAUCUGUGGCCGAAGAAGGAUGAGAUGUAGAAGAAACAGUUGUGUUCUUAGAGGAUUUCCUCUGAUAUUCAACAACCAAAUCAGCAACAAGAUCUUUCACUCUAUCAAUCACAAGGUCAGAACCAGAACCAGUAAUGCCAAAUUUGUUUGCAUAGUACCCAAUCAAAUCCAAUUGGUACCGCGGAUCCAUCACAACAGCAACAGCCAGUAGCAAAUGAAUAUCAUCCCAGUAUUUGACAAACUUUGUCCACAUUUUUUCAGCCAUAGAAACAAUCAUCAGAUUAGGAUCAACUAACCAUUCCAUCAAACGCAACCUCAAGUCACACACCUUAGCAAAAAACUGAUUGGCUGUAGGAUAGUUUGAACCAGAAAAUACAGCAGUUAUAUCCUUGAAAACCUCAAGUUUCCCACACAAAAUUUCAGCAAACUCCCAAUGUUCAUUGCUUGGCAGAGAGUUGUAUUAAGGUUCCCUUAUUUUCAGAAUAGAGAACACAUCCUUAUAUGGGAUUGCAGCAGAAAGCAUGUCAUAAGUAGAAUUCCACCGAGUGGGACAAUCCAACACAAGUUUCGUAGAAACAGCCAGCUUAAGCUGCUGGGCAGUUGCAUGGAAAAUUUCAACUCUCCUAGGUGUGCAAGUCCAAAAUACCACACUAUCCCUGAUGUUCUCUAUUCCAUCUUUGAGAACAUCUAGGCCAUCCCUCACAAUUAGAUUAAGGAUGUGAGCAGAGCACCUCAUAUGAAGAAGUGUUCCAUCCCUAAUCAAAUUAGAAAGAACAAGCCUUUGUUUAACUAGAUUGAUCAUGGAAUCAUUGGUAGUACAAUUGUCAAGAGUAAUUGUUGACAAUGUCCUAUCAAUGUUCCAUGAUUGGAGGCAUUUAGCAAGCUUAGCAGCCAACCUCUCACUAGUGUGUGGGGCAGGGACAUAACCAAACAUAAUCAGAUGGUUCCGUUGUUUUCAAGAAUUGUCUAUGUAAUGGGCAGUAACAGCCAUGUAAGACCUUUUUUGAUUUGUGGCAAUCCACAAAUCAGUUGUGACAGCAAUCCUCCCUUUGUUUUGAUCCAUUACCCCUUGGAUUUUAGACUUCUCUAAACCAUAAAUAGUCACAAUGUCUUUUUUAUGGUAUUUCGGGUUGGGACUUUGAAGAGAGGGUUCAAGGUGCAGCAAAACCUUUUGAAGUAAAGGUGAUCCACAAUAGAAAGGGGAUACUCGUGCACCAAGAUCAUGGUGCAGAGUUCCUUUCUAGACACCUCACUACUGAACUGAUUGGUACUCAUAUCAGCAGUACCAUUGGCAUUGUAAUUAGCACCAAGAACCCUUUGACUCCCAUCGUGUAUUUUUUUAUGGACACACUUGUUCCUAUGAGUUCUAAGAUGAGAAGUACCGUUACUAGAUUUCCCAGCCAACACCUUCUUACAAUAGUUGCAUUUAGCUUUUAAUAUUCCAUUCACCAUCAGCCUAGUGAAGUGAGGCCAGACAUCAGAUUUUAAAGACCUAGUAGCACCUAAGGGAUGUUGAGGAAGAACAUCUUCCACAACAUUAUCAAGAUUACCAUUAGGAAUAGGAGGGGCAGCAGCAUCAGCAGGUGCAUUACCAACAUGUUCGGGUUCCAUCUGUUUGACAAAAGAAAUUAAACAUGUUUUAGAAAGAUGUCCAGGUGUGUUCUUAUUACUUAGUUCAGAGAAUAAGAAGGUUAGGAGUAGCCAACAUAAGGAGUUUAUUCAUUACAGAUUAGGUGUGUUCUAAUUACUUAGUUUGGUCAUUACAGAUUAGGAUUUAGAACUACUACACAAGGAGUUUCUAACUUAAGAAGAUUAGUAGUUUAACAUUGAGCAGACUGUAGUUUUUAACUUAAGAAGAUUAAGUCACUUUGUGUUUAACAUUACUGGAUUAGUGGAUUAGCAGUUUUAAACUUAACACUUGAGAUGUGUUAAGUUUAGCUUAGACCAAAUUAACAAAGUGCCUAAGUGAGCAUUAGAAUAUUACAUGUAGAUACAACAACUUCAAUUGAUUAUCUGACCAAUUACGCGACAAGUGACUAAAUCUAGCAUAUUGGGUUGUUCUAUGAACAACCAACACCAAACAAGGCUCAUCGACUUACCUCAACAGAGAGCAGAAUGCAGUUGAAGCACCAGCUGAUUGCCAAGACUCCCAAAAAGCAAGCUACAGAAACAAAAGAGCAGGAAAUGAAGGAGCAAGAAGGAUUAAAUCAUUAGCAAGCAACAAAAUAAGCAAGCACCAUGGAAAAAAAUGAACGAUGGGGCGGCCAUUAAACUUACUGGAAGGCUUGCGUUUCUGGGUUUAGACUGUUGCCUCUGUUGAUGAGAAUAGCGAGCAACAAGCUUCAAAAAGCCAAAACAAAGGAGCAAAAAUGAUUAAAUCAUUAGCAAACUAACCAAGCACCACCACCAGGAAAAAAUUGAACGAAGUACUGGGAAAUCAACUUACUUAGAAGAUUGAAUGAAUGACGGAAAGGGGGAUUUCGAGUUCUGGAACUGGAAGGCUUGCGUUUUUGAAUUUAGGGUUCGACUUCGAUAAACUGCAGAUGAACAAAACCAUGCAAUUAGUCACCUAUUUAUAUACAUAUAAGCAAAACUGGAUUAAGGAAAGAAAGAAUCGAAUACUUAUCUCGAAGUCUUGAUCUAGGAAAGAAUCCAUCUGCAUGCACGAUUCUAGUUGUGUGUUUCAUCGAUCGAGACAUUUUCGAUGACUGGGGGCUUAAUUCAGGGAAAGAUGCAGGGUUAUUGAUGCUGGUAUCGUCGAUUUUGGUGGGAAAUUAGUAGAGAAAGGAGCAGAUUUCGUCGGAAUCGUAGGGAUUUACAGAGAAAUCGUCGAUUGGAUGGGUUAGGGUUGAGAGGAAAUCGGGAGAGGAAAACGGCGGCUGCGUGGUGAAAAUGGGUUCUGCAGACCCUAACCCUAAAAUGGGGGUUUAUAUAUGGUGGGGGUGCGGCGUCGUUUUACUACGGGCCGGGUACGGUGCGGGGAUGUCAAAAUCCACACCCAGCCCGUCACCGUCUCCUGCGGGCCGCGGGUAAGCCCGAAACCGCCAACCAGCCCGGCCUCGCGGGUUUCGACUAGGGAUGGCAACAAAACCCGAACCCACAGGUACCCACCCGACCCAACCCGGUCAACGCGGGUAAAACCCGUGUUGACGGGUUUUGGGCCGGGUUCGGGUUUAAACCCGCUACACUAUUCACCGAGGUCGGGUUGGGUUUGGGUUUAGGUAAACCCGCCCCAUGGGUACCCGUCCACACACAUAUAAUUACUUUCCCGGUAUAUUUAAUACUCUAAAUAAUAUAUCUUCCUUAAACAAUUAAUAUUCUUCAUGUUUGUGGAGACAUAUAUAAUUUGUUGUUUCUAAUUGUUUAGAAUGAAGUUGAUAUUAUGAAGUGGAGAGUGAAGAAACUUAGUUGACGAGUAAGAAGCUUUCAAUUAAUCUUAUUGUUUAUAGAUGUUUAUCUUUAAUUUUGAACAAUUUGUAUUGAUCAUUUGCGGUUUGCUUGUAUGCUCUACAUUGGUGUUUUUUGUAUGAAUAAUUUGUAUGAGAAAAUUAAUGUUAAACUUUUAUUUUGAAAGAAACUUGUUAUUGUAAAUUUUUUACCACAAAAACCCACGGGUACCCAUGAACCCGCGGAUACCCAGCGGAUUGGGUUGGGUUUGAGUUUUUCAAACCCAGCGGGUUUUACCCCAGGUUUUUUUGGCGGAUAAACCCAUGGGUUUGGGUUUGGGUUUGACAAAACCCGCCCCAACCCGACCCAUUGCCAUCCCUAGUUUCGACCCAAUACACGCGGAUGGGCCCCGGCGGAUGCCCAAGGCCCGCGGGCCCAUUGCCAUCCCUAGGCAAAAUCCAAGCUUACCAUUAAAUUAUUUUAAGUAUUUUGCGAAAAUUUCUUGAAUUUUUUUCUUAUAAAAAAAUCCUUCUUCUAUUGCUUUCUUAUAAGGGGAACUCAAAAGGAGGCAAAAGAUUUCACCAACGGGCCAACAACACGACUAUCACCUUCUAAAAUUCUCUCGAUUCUCAAGCAAUGGCGAGAACCAACCAGGAAGCAAUCGAUACAUUCAUCAGCAUCACCGGCGCCACCGAAUCUGUCGCCGUUCAGAAACUCGAGGAGCAUGCUGGUGAUCUCAAUGCAGCUGUCAAUGCCCAUUUCACUGAAGGAGACAGAAGCAGCUUCAAUGCACCAUCUGUCCCUGCUCGCGAAGAUGACAUGAUGGAUAUAGAUGAUGAUCCAAUUGAAACUGCACCAGCUAGGAGACAUCCCUUGUCUCUACUCUCGGAUCCAGGUCUUACAAACCCAUUCUCACUCCUCGAUCCACAAUUUCCUAGAAGGUUGUUUGAUGGUGUUUCGGAUUUUGGGAGCCGUGCACCUUUUGUUACACAACCAAGACAAGUGAGAGAGAUACCGAUAGAGGUCAAGGACAGCUCUGAUUCUUCUGGUCGAUCAGGUCAUGGCCCUGUCAUCGAGGAUGUAACUGGAACUGACUUGGCACAUGAAACUGGCAUCCAUGGGACUGUAAUUAUUGAUGAUGAAGAAGAUGAUGAUAUUAUUCUUCCGGGACCCAAUGCAAAUGCUGCUGCUAACCGAGACGGGCAAGAUGUAGAUGUUUUAGGUGUCAGUUCUCACGAGGGACUCAGGCCUGGAGCACCAGUAAUUAAUAAUUCACUGGAAUAUAGCAAUGACAUAGAAGAAGAGAUGGUUAGGGCUGCCAUUGAGGCUUCAAAACGUGAGGCUGGGGAAUUAAGUGAUCCUGGACCUUGGCAAAGGCAAUAUCAUUCUGGUGACGCUGAAUUAGAACAUGCAGUUUCAUUAUCAAUGAAGGCAGCAGAGCAAGAAAAAGCAAUGCGUGAACUUAAGGGCAAGGUUGCAGCAGUAUCAGACGCAGGAGCGUCGUCUGAGCCUGAGACUAAAAUAGGGGAAUCAAAUGGAAGGUUAGAGGCAGGCGGAUCAUCUAUCCAAGAUGAAGUUGAAGAAGAUGUGGAGGAGCAACCUCUCGUCAGGCAUAGAUCAAGGCGUACUUCUUCUAGCUCUCUGGAGUUUACCAAAGAUGGAGGUACUGAGGCUGACCAACCGUCAACUGCCAUAGCCAACAACAAUGCAAGUAGUGAAACAGGGAUUAAUGGGAAUGCUUUUCCUACUGAGUGGGGUGGCAUUUCAUCUGAGGAACAUGAUGAAGCUGUGAUGCUUGAGGCAGCAAUGUUCGGUGGAAUUCCUGAAGCAUCUGGAUAUCAAUUCCCUUAUGCACCUCAUCAGUUCAUGCAAAGAGAAGGCGGCCCUUACCGUAGGCCAGCACCACGUCCUCCAUCACCUUCUCUGCAAGCUCAACGUUCAAUCCGUGAGCAACAGGAUGACGAGUAUCUUGCAUCAUUGGCUGCUGAUAGAGAGAAAGCUGAAGCACGUCGUCUGGAAGAGGAAGCAGCUAGGGCAGCUGCUCUAGAACAAGAGAGACUGAAAGAGGAAGAAAACCGUAGGAAGUUGGAUGAAGCACAGGAAAUCGAAAGACAUUUAGCUGCUAAGGAAGCUUCACUACCUCAGGAGCCAACUCCAGAUGAAGAAAAUGCUGUUACGCUCUUGGUGCGUACCCCUGAUGGGGCCCGCCAUGGCCGUCGGUUUCUGAAGUCGGACCGCUUGCAGUCCCUUUUCGACUUCAUUGAUGUCACUAGGGUGGUAAAGCCCGGCACCUACAGAUUGGUGAGGCCAUACCCUAGGCAAGCCUUCAGUGAUGGAGAGACGGCCUUAACCUUGAGUGAACUUGGCUUGACCAGCAAACAAGAAGCCUUAUUUCUGGAGUUGAUCUAGAAUAAUAUGUAAAAUGUCGAAGCUGUAGAGGGACGUCCUUCGUUAUUCAGUCGACUUACUAGUUAUUAUUGAAACAUUAGAAGUCGAUACAUGAAAAUUGAAGUUGGGCGGGGUGGGAAACCGGGGGAUCAUAUUAUGUUUUUGGGUUUUGCUUGCACAUAGCUGGAACAUUCAGUUCAGUUUGACGAGGACGAAUGAUUCAUCCGACAAUGUGCGUGGCAAUGAGCUAGAAUCAUGUGGUGUGGUGGUUUUGGUUGAUCAUGUACAUACCCAAUAAUGGUUUUUCCAGAUACUGGAUGUGGAUUUGGUGGGCUUAUGGAUAUGUGGUUUUUGGCUCAGUUCUUUGUAAGUUGGCCCGUUCUGAACCGAACCGACUUUUCGGCCAGCCUCAACCUGCCUGCGGUUAGAAUGCUCUGCGGCAGCGGUCAUUCCUCUAGAUUAUACCAUUCCUCGUCUGACAUUUUUACCGUUGGCUGCUGGUUAUUAUGUCAUGUCUGCCUGCUUUUUUAUUGGGGUCAAAAUAACAAUGUGAUCCUUCU